CUGUGCAGACCACGGCGAAUAAGGCAGCAUGGACACCAAAAAGGAUAUUAGUGUGGAAAUCGAACUGAAUACUAUGCUGCAACAUCCGUUUAGGCGUCGCGUUCGUCGGUGGUUCACCGCCAAGCAGCUGUACGAGAGUCUGCGUCCACUCUUCCAUGUGACCUAUUUGCAUGGACUGACAUCGUUUUACAUUUGCAGCGAUGGCAAAACCGGCCGCAGGGACAUCAAGAAGUCCUGGUUCGGCUACCUAAACGGCAUUGCCCAUAUCGUCGUCUACUCCGUCUGCUAUACUCUGACCAUUCGCAACAAUUGUGAGUCCGUUGCCAGUUAUUUCUUUCGCUCUCGCAUCACUUACUUCGGCGACUUGAUGCAAAUCGUGAGCGGCUUCAUUGGCGUCACGGUCAUCUAUCUGACGGCCAUUAUACCCAAGCACCGGCUUGAGCAGUGCCUGCAAAAGUUCCAUACCAUGGAUCUGCAGCUGCACAGCGUUGGCAUCAAGAUCAUGUACAGCAAGGUGCUGCGGUAUAGCUAUGCCGUCAUGAUCUCCAUGAUGCUCGUUAACUUUGGGUUCUCCUGGGGCACCUUUGCAGUGCUCUACUCAUCCAGAACGCAGCCCACCUGGGCACUGCAUUUCACCUUUAUGGUCCAGCAUACGGUCAUAGCUAUAGCCAUUACCAUGUUCUCUUGCUUCACAUACCUGGUGGAGAUGCGAUUUGUUAUGGUUAACAAGGUACUUAAGAACCUGGCCCAUCAGUGGGAUACACGCAGCAUUAAGGCCGUGCAGAAGCAACGCUCACUGCAAUGCUUGGACUCUUUUUCGAUGUACACGAUCGUAACCAAAGAUCCCGCUGAGAUCAUUCAGGAGUCCAUGGAGAUUCAUCAGUUGAUCUGUGAGGCAGCUGCCACUGCAAACAAAUAUUUCACCUAUCAACUGCUCACGAUCAUUUCAAUUGCCUUCUUGAUCAUCGUCUUUGAUGCUUACUAUGUGCUCGAGACUCUGUUGGGCAAAUCGAAGCGCGAGAGUAAAUUUAAGACCGUCGAAUUCGUGACAUUCUUCUCGUGUCAAAUGAUAUUAUAUUUGAUUGCCAUCGUUUCCAUUGUCGAGGGCAGCAACCGGGCGAUAAAGAAGAGCGAAAAGACCGGCGCCAUUGUGCACUCGCUGCUCAACAAGACCAAGAGCCCCGAAGUGAGAGAGAAACUGCAUCAGUUCUCCAUGCAGUUGAUGCAUCUUAAAAUUAACUUUACUGCGGCUGGACUCUUUAAUAUCGAUCGCACGCUCUACUUUACGAUCAGCGGUGCUUUGACCACAUACCUCAUUAUAUUACUACAGUUCACAUCUAAUUCGCCCAGUAAUGAGAGCAGCACCGGCUUCGACUGUUGCGAAGCGUAUCAUAAUAUGACGAAUCAUACAGUUUAGUGGCGCGACGGAGAGGUUUGUCGAGCUGAAUCUGGACCUGGUGAAAACACUUGUCGAUGUUACGUCCAAUGGUUUUUUGGGGCAAUAAUAUUAAGCGGUUUAAUUCGAUGCUGUUGCUUUUGCAUGUAUUGUCAAUGUAUUUUUCAUAGAUCUAUUUAUUAGUAGCAAUAAAUGAAGAAAUUUAUUGAGCUGAUUA